AUGUCAGUGCAAGAGUACCUAAAUAAGCACUCACUUUCCCGAAGACUCGAAGAUGCCGUCAAUGCCGCCGUUAGGGCCAAGACCGCCGAUCCCGUUCUCUUCAUCUCGCAUCACAUGAAAAAAGCAGUGCAAUCGGUGAUAACAAAAGUUAAGGCGAGGCAGAUCCUCGAUAGCAGAGGGGUUCCAACCGUUGAGGUCGACUUGCACACUAACAAAGGCGUGUUUCGCGCUUCGGUUCCCAGCGGCAACUCCACCGGCAUGUACGAAGCUGUAGAGCUACGGGACGGAGACAAAGGGGUGUAUCUCGGUAAUGGCGUGGCAAAAGCUGUUAAAAAUAUCAAUGACAAAAUAUCUGAGGCGUUGAUCGGUAUGGAUCCCACGCUUCAAUUGCAGGUUGAUCAGGCCAUGAUAGACCUCGACAAAACUGAGAAGAAGGGGGAACUUGGAGCUAAUGCUAUAUUAGCUGUGUCCAUUGCUGCUUGUAGAGCUGGUGCUGCUGAAAAGGAGAUUCCACUUUACAAGCACAUUGCUGACCUGUCUGGAAAAACCAGCCCAACACUUCCUGUGCCCGCUUUCACAGUCAUAAGUGGUGGCAAACAUGCUGGGAGUAAUCUGGCAAUUCAGGAAAUCAUGGUUCUCCCAAUUGGAGCAAGCAAAUUUGAGGAAGCACUGAGAAUGGGUACUGAGACCUAUCAUCACUUAAAGGCUGUCAUUACAGAAAAAUCUGGUGCACAUAACUGUAAUGUUGGUGAAGAUGGUGGCUAUGCUCCUAAUAUCUCCAGUUUUAGAGAAGCCCUGGAUCUUGUCAAGGAGGCGAUUAGCAGAACUGGUUAUAAUGAGAAAAUAAAGAUAGCUCUUGAUGUUGCUGCUACAAAUUUUUGCAUUGGUAAAAGAUAUGAUCUGGACUUUCAAUCUCCUCAAAAAUCUGGACAGAAUUUUAAGUCAGCAGAGGAUAUGAUAGAGUUGUACAAGGAACUAUGCUCGGAAUACCCUAUUGUGUCAAUAGAAGAUCCAUUUGACAAGGAAGAUUGGGAACAUAUCAAGAAUAUCUCAAGUCUUGGGAUUUGUCAGGUAGUUGGGGAUGAUCUCUUGAUGUCAAAUGCAAAACGCAUCGAGAAAGCAAUAAAUGAGUCUGCUUGUAAUGCUCUUCUACUUAAGGUCAACCAAGUUGGAACUGUUUCAGAGGUCAUUGAAGUGGUGAAGCAGGCAAAGGAAGCACAUUGGGGGGUGGUAACUUCUCAUAGAUGUGGUGAAACUGUAGACUCUUUCAUUGCUGAUUUAUCUGUUGGCCUUGCUUCUGGUGUGAUUAAAUCAGGAGCUCCUUGCAGAGGAGAGCGGCUAGAAAAGUACAACCAGUUACUUCGGAUUGAGGAGGAGCUCGGAGAUCAAGCAGUUUAUGCUGGUGAAGAUUGGAGGCAAUAA